AUGACCGGACCACCGCUCACAUGGCGCGGUAGGUGGGUCGUAGCGAGUGCCAUUUUCCUCGUCAACCACAUAAACGCCGCGGCCUUAAGCGACGAAAUCAACAUGGCCUCAGUCGACUACUCGAAAGUGUCCAUCGAAGAGAAGCCGCUCUACACACCUCCCUUGGAAGAGGUGGCCGAGGUUUUAUCUGAGGGCCUCCGGAAAACGUUCGAGUUCGUGAAUGUGACGGUCGAAGACUGCCCCGACCUCACCAGAGAGCCGUUCGACCUCACAACACCCGGGCUGUCGGGUGACAGCAAAUUGGUGGAGCUGGGCGGCCCGCCCUACCUGACGCCGCAGGUGCGUCGCGACAAGGUGUACGACUUGGCCGCUCUGCUGCGACACCUCGGACGAGACCCGGCGCUCCUGGCCGGGGCCGGGGCCGGGCCGUGGCCGCAUCUCGGCGUCAACUGCGAGGGCAUCAUAAACCUGUCGGUGCGCGAGGGCGCGGUGACGCAGGGCACGCGCGUCGUUUCGGUGACUCCGCCGGGCGCGGCCAAGGGCCAGGCCUCGUACCUGCAGCGAAGGCUGCCCCCCGGCGAGACCAGGACGGCGCUGCUCGGCAACUACCUGCUCAGCGAGGGCCGGCCGGGCCGGGUCCUCAAAGUGGUCGUCGAGAAACGGAUCGGCCCGUCGAACUUCAUCACCGCCAUCAGAGAAACUUUGAAGGAGCGGUACGGCGACAGAGCGGUCGGUCUGGGCGGGGCGUUCCUGCUGGCGGCGGGCAAGGUGAAACACCACGUGAUGCCGGACUUUAGCGCUUCGCCCCUCUGUUCCGACGAAGACGUGGACCGUUGGCUGCACUAUUUCGAAAUGACCGCGCCCAUCGUCCACUUGGGCACCCUCGUCACCGGCGACCUGGGCUUGGACCUGCGCGUGCAGCACUUCCACGGGUACAGCGCGCACGGCGACGGAGGCCACUACCACUACGACACCACGCCCCUGGAGGUGCGCUACGAGGGGUACUUCACCCUCGCCUCCUCCGUGAUCAGGGUGGACCGGCCCCUGGAGACGCACGGCGUCGGACGAGACUGA